AUGCCGGCAUCACAAAUAACUUCAAAUAUAUCAGUAAUCGAAUUAAGAGAGAUAGAUAUAAUGGGCCAAGUUAUAAAAAUUCACGUAUUUAACCAAUGGAAUUUUUCAAUUAAUUCAAACACAUCCGAGCUAAUAUAUGACACAAUUAUUGUAAAUAAUAACUAUGAGACUUUGGUUCAAGUCAAGUUAAAAUGGUUCGAUCAGCAACAAGAGGUAUCAUUUGCAAAUGAAAAGUAUAGAAUUGACCCAGCAACAAUGAAAUUCUCUAUGAAAAUGUCUGAGUAUAGGUUCGACAAUAGAUUUAACACGUUGGAAUUGAUUUUAUUUAGUUCUAUAAUGUCUGUUAGAAACCAAUCCCUAACAUGUUCAAGAGCUCAAUUUGGUAAUACCACCGACAAUUGCAAUUUUAUGAAGUUACAGGUCGACAAUCAUUCACUAUAUGGUAAAUUUAUAAGAAAAUCAAUUGUAGAUAAUCAUAUCUUGGAAGUUAUUAACAGUGGUAUCAACACAACAACCAGCGAAAAUACAACCCAAUCUUUUGUUUCAAUUAAAUUACCCCAUUACUUGGACUAUCUCGAAAUCGAUCCAACAUUCUCUAUACUCUUGGAUUAUAACAUACAAUAUUCCGAUUCUGAUCAACAUUGCUAUAUUUCGGACCAAACUGUUACUAGAUCAGUAGCAUUAAUUGUCAGUCUCGUAAUUGGCCUCUUCUCAUUAACGGUUCUAAUAGUGGUUUUCUUUGUUACUAUGGUAAAUACCAGUCCCGCUUGUAUAAACGUUAAAAUUUUAUAUUUACAUAUUAAAUUUACAAUUUUAUAUUUCAAAGUUAAAAAAUAA